GCAGUUAUCUCACCACCUCUUCCUCGCGCUUUCAGCAGCGCCCGUCCGGUACCCCGUCCCUCCGCUCUAUCUCCUCGCUCCUCCCUUUCCCGCCACCGUUCUCCGCGCUUUCCGUCCCGUCUCCUCGCUUUCCCUGCCGCGAGUUAUCCCUCUCUGCGACGUCGCACGCUUCGCAUGGCCGGCGACGAUUCGCGUCGCAUGGAGGAGUCGCCCAACGUCGCAGGAGCCGCGGCGGAUGGAGUUCCAGCAGCCCUUGGCGCCAAAGCGAGAGCGACGGCGGGCGCGGAAGCGGAAAGGCUGGCGGACAAGCCGCGCGGAGAGGAGCAGGGAGGGAUGAAUCCGGGCGCGGAGAGGGGCGCGGAGAGGGGCGCGGAGAAGCCGCGCGGAGAGGAGCGGCGGCAAAGGUUAUGGGAGAUGUACGGUCGGAUGCAGUCGAAGCUCUUCCAAGACGUGCCUGAGAUGGGCGUGACUGAGCUGCACCAGCUGCUGCUGGCACAGCAGGCAAGGGGCGGGGAGGGGGAUGCGAGGGGCGGGCGGCAGGUGGUGGUGGUGGAUACGCGCACGGAGGAAGAGACGGCGGUGUCGAUGAUUCCGGGCGGCACACUGAAGCAGAGGGACUUUGAGCGGCAGAUCGAGAAGUUCAAUGACCACAGAGUGGUGUGCUACUGCACCAUAGGCUACCGCAGUGGCAACUAUGCGCGAAUGCUGCGCUCUCAGCACCAGAUGGACGCAUACAAUCUCAAGGGCUCCAUCCUCUCAUGGACCCACCACCACCUCCCCCUCACGUCCCUCUACCACCCUACCACUGGCUCCGGACCCCUUACCACUCACGCCAACACCGCCACUGCACCUGACGUCACCCCCCCAAGUUCGCAUGGAAGGGGGGCAGCGCCUUCUGAUGCUGAGUCUAGACAUGAGAAUGGGAGGGCGGUCGCUGCAGAAGAAGAUGGAAGGGCAACCGUUGGAUCUCCAGUGCUUCCCCUGGGAGCCACCGCUCGGGUGCAUGUGUAUUCGCCCAAAUAUGAGCUGCACGCAGAUGGUUACCAGCCGGUGCACUUUGCAAAUGGUGUGCCAUGGGUGUCAGCAGUUUGGAGCGACAUCAGCAUGCGGUUGCCCAAGUGGGUUCGGUCACUCACCAAUCCCACAAAUCAAUAGCAAGCACAAAUGGCAUGCAAUGAAGUGGAAGCAUGUGCAUAAUGUAUAGGCACACAUGAUAACGCAGAUUUUCCUGAAGCCAUGCAUUUUUACACUGAAGCCAAGCAAAUACUCGCGACUAGCGUGACCUGAUUAGGAGGAGGUGUAUUCAUAUUUUUAUGUCUGAACGUCGAGUGGAGCGGUACAGUCUAU